CACGGGUAUCAGUGCAAUCAGAACCUUAUAACAGUCCCCCAUAUACAAGUAUAACCUUUAUAUCCGUCUUUACAAAACUCCUUAUAUAAGCAAUACGGUUCAUGGCCAGUUAGGUUGCAAACAUGGGAUGUGAAUGGAUAUGAGGACGUAGGUUACAAGUAUCCAGAUUGAGAUUACCAGUAUCAAUUGCAUGUAUAUGGUGCAAAUUGUAAAUGUAAGUACAUAAACAAACGGAAGUCCAGGGUUCAAAGCACGACCUUGAACACGGGCAUUGGACAGUUUUUGAUAUACCAGGUGUAACUGAAAUAUAACUAACUUACGGUCAAGAGAGCAGAUAUAUACUGGUGCUCGAAAGAAACUGUACACCACAAAAUAUGACAUUAAAAUUCACAAACACAAAAAUGAAGUGAUAAAACCUUACUGAGCCAUGUGACACACGUAUACACCCAUCAUUUCCGGGAACAAACGGGGAAACAAGUUAACGAAUCGACAAACGUCGCAAAAAAUCAAUACACGCAUGCUGAUGGUAUAAAACACCAUACGUGACACGUGAGCGUCACAGUAGUAAACCGAACACAAAAAUAUUCCACGUUUGAGGCAAAUCGAAAGAAAAAGAGCUGUCGGAAGGAACUAACCAAACCGACAUUGCCAGAACCGUCGACUGCAUCCGAGCAACUGUCAUCAGACUGAUGCAACGACAAAGACCAACAAGCAAUACGUCAGACAGGCCUAGGAGUGGUCAACCACGUGUGACAAAGCCACAUCCGAACAAUUCAUCUGAGAAAUCGUUUUGUAACAGCGACGUCAACGGCAGCGACGGCACUAGGACACCGUAUCGGUCGACAUGCUAUGCACUGGAGACUAAGAGAACAUGGUAUUCAAGCACGUCGACCCUACCGCGCAGAGGCAUCAGACUCUUUAAAGCCGACGUCGCCGAAUGACAAGGACCAGGCGAGUUCGACGUUGGAAUGAGGAGUAUGAGAUGGUGGUGACAAUGUGGAUGGGACUGUACAGAUACAGGACCGGGGACGUCGUGCGAGUCAGCAGCUUCACGGGGACGACUCCCAACUACACCUUCUCCCAGAGAUCGUCUGACUUUAUUGACAAGUACCCAGAGUUCUUGUUCACGAAGGCCGUCCACGACGCCGCUAGAACGUGGACGUCAGGAACAUCGUUAUACAACUACAUGGCAUGUGAAAGCCCGCAUGUAGAGGCAAUAACAGGUGUGUGAACACGUCCUGACGACAUAUUAGGCAUCAGUAGAGUAAUAGCUUUGAUAAGUGUAGUCCUCAGAGUGUUGGUAUGUAAACACAGUAUCUCCCUUACCGUCCACGCCAGGAUGCCCUGGUUGUGGUUCGAAAUGAACGUAACAUGAAAAUAUUUCAGUUGGAUCAGAGCGUUGGUAUGUAAACACAGUAUCUCCCUUACCGUCCACGCCAGGAUCCCCUUCUUGUGGUUCGAAAUGAACGUAACAUGAAAAAUUAAUAUUUCAGUUUGAUUAUGUAGUGGUACCUGUAGUUAGCAUUAGCGGUAUCUCUCCCACUAGUCUAAGGGAGACAACUCGGUACGGGAAUUCCGGUAAUAAAACAUUGCUACCGA